UUGACUGACAGUUACGCACAGCCAAUAGAAGGCCGAAACACCACGAAGAGCCGGCCUAUCAGCCAAUGGAGAGAAAGCAGCGAGAGCGGUCGCGCAGUGAAAGACAGAACCGGUUUACUAGAAUUGCAGCGACAGCUGGGGGUCCUAGUAACCGCAAUCAUGUCUAUUAUGUCCUAUAAUGGAGGGGCCGUCAUGGCCAUGAAAGGGAAGAACUGUGUGGCCAUCGCUGCAGACAGGCGCUUCGGAAUCCAGGCGCAGAUGGUGACCACGGACUUUCAGAAGAUCUUUCCCAUGGGUGACCGACUGUACAUCGGCCUGGCCGGUCUCGCCACCGACGUCCAGACAGUUGCCCAGCGCCUCAAGUUCCGGCUGAACCUGUAUGAACUGAAGGAGGGGCGGCAGAUCAAGCCUUACACCCUCAUGAGCAUGGUGGCCAACCUCCUGUAUGAGAAACGGUUUGGCCCCUACUACACUGAGCCAGUCAUCGCCGGGCUGGACCCGAAGACCUUCAAGCCCUUCAUUUGCUCUCUAGACCUCAUCGGCUGCCCUAUGGUGACUGACGACUUUGUGGUCAGUGGCACCUGCUCCGAACAAAUGUAUGGGAUGUGCGAGUCCCUCUGGGAGCCCAACAUGGACCCAGAACACCUGUUUGAAACCAUCUCCCAGGCCAUGCUGAAUGCUGUAGACCGGGACGCAGUGUCCGGCAUGGGAGUCAUCGUCCAUGUCAUUGAGAAGGACAAGAUCACCACCAGGACACUGAAGGCCAGAAUGGACUAGCCCUCUUCCCAGAGCCCACAUUUUUUUUGUUUUGUUUUGUUUUGUUUUUUAAAUAAAAUAGCCUUUCUUUCA